AUGGGUGUUUCUACUACCUCUGCACUGAGACCUGAGGGAAUAGCCAGUGUGAGUCCUAACAAGCCAAUUAAGACUGCUUCUUUGUUUGCACCUAAAUUACAGCAUGUGAAUAGUAAUACUUGUGAGGUCAAAUGGGAGUCUCUGGAGCCAAUAAAAGGAGAUCCAAUUGUUUACAACCUUCAAAUCAUCACUGAUAAAGGAACUGACCUGAUUUACAAAGGACCAAACACUUCAUUCUCCUUUUCCAAAUUUGUCACAAAUUCACAUUAUCGCUUCAAGGUCUGUGCUGGACGCCAAUACCACACUUCUGAUGGGAUACAAGAGCUCUGGGGACCAUAUAGCCCCAGCACUCUUUUCUCCACACAUAAGCAACAUCCAGGGCCUGGAAAAGGCAGUGAAGGAAAGGGGGGAAACAGCCCCAGUGAAGAGAAAGAAGAAAAGCCCAGAAUGGAGAUGAGUGAUGAUACAUUUAUUCUAAUCCUUGUGAUAGGAUUUGCACUAGUUGCUAUUUUGUGUGCUGUUGUAAUUCAAUAUUUUCUAAUCAACUAAUUUUUAUCCACUUUACCUUUUUAGGAAGUUCUAAAACAAAUUACAUCAAAUAUAGAACUUU